ACCUCCUCACAGCUCCGGCCGCUCCUGAGAAGACUCAGCUGACUUUCCUAGAGCAGCCCCAGGAGAUUUUUCUUUCCCGAGCCAACAUUAGGCAGAGGACAGAAGAAGGGGGGAAGCUGAACCCGAGCCAAGCCCUUUGCUGGCAAACCCUCGUCUCGGUGCUAAACCUGCUCUGAGCCAGACCAAGGCAGGGGAGGGACUUUGUUUUGUAGAGACGAGGAGAGGAGGAAAAAGAAACUUGAGCCUGGCUUCCCCCUGUGGCAUGUCUGUGCCCCGAACAUCCCCUCCCCACCCCGCCGGCUGUUAAAUGAGAGCACGUGAAGAACAUGAGGUUUCCUGCUUGAGCAGGGCGGGCAGUGCUGGACCGGGCGAGGGAGGAGGAGGAGGAGGAGGAGGAAGGCGAGUGGUGGCUUUGUGGUGUGGUUUACACCGAGAUCAGAGCGAGAGCGCCUGGGGGUGGGAGCAGAAGGAGAGCAAGGGCGUCUGAUGCCAGCUGCCAACAUGACAGAAACCCUGCAGCUCCCAGCCCUGCAAGUGCCCGAGCAGCAGGGGCUGGAGGGCUGUGCCUGGUCCAGCUCGUCCACCCCGACCCUGCGCAGGAAGCGCUUCAAGAUGAGGCGGAUGAAGAACGUGCAGGAGCAGAGCCUGGAGGCCGGCAGGUACCAGGAUUCUCCUUCCUCCAGCAAGGAAUACCUGCAGCUCCCAUCCAUUGAGAUCACCCCCUCCAGUGACGAGGACACCCCCUGGUCCAACUGCUCCACACCCAGUGCUUCCCCGCGGCGCAAGCGCUUCCUCCUUCGGAAGUGGCUGCGUGUCAGAGAGAAGAAGGAGUGCAGUGAGAGCAGCAGCCAGCAGAGCAGCCAGCAGAGCAGCCACGAUGACGACUCAGCCCGGUUCCUGAGCCCUUUCCUGCGUGAGGACAGUACUGCCAGUAACUCCAACCGCAGCACUCCUGCCUGCUCCCCCAUCCUGCGCAAACGCUCCCGCUCCCCGACGCCGCAGGACGCCCCGGGAGACACCAUGGUGGAGAAGGGCUCGGACCACUCCUCAGACAAAUCCCCUUCCACGCCGGAGCAGGGUGUCCAGCGGAGCUGUUCCUCCCAGUCAGGCCGCAGUGGGGCCAAGAACUCCAAGAAAAGCCAGAGUUGGUAUAAUGUGUUGAGUCCAACGUACAAACAACGGAAUGAGGAUUUCAGGAAACUCUUCAAGCAGCUCCCGGACACGGAGCGACUCAUCGUGGAUUACUCAUGUGCUCUCCAACGAGACAUCCUCCUGCAGGGCCGCCUCUACCUCUCGGAAAACUGGAUCUGCUUCUACAGCAACAUCUUCCGCUGGGAGACACUGCUGACCGUUCGCUUGAAGGACAUCUGCUCGAUGACCAAGGAGAAAACAGCCCGGCUCAUUCCCAAUGCCAUCCAAGUUUGCACUGACACUGAAAAGCACUUUUUUACUUCCUUUGGGGCUCGAGACAGGACGUACAUGAUGAUGUUCAGACUCUGGCAGAACGCUCUGCUUGACAAGCCUCUGUGUCCAAAGGAGCUCUGGCACUUUGUCCACCAGUGCUAUGGGAACGAACUGGGUCUGACCAGUGAUGAUGAAGACUAUGUGCCUCCUGAUGAUGACUUCAACACAAUGGGUUACUGUGAGGAAAUCCCCGUGGAAGAGAACGAAGUCAACGACAGCUCCUCCAAGAGCAGCAUGGAGGCCAAGCCAGAAGCCAGCCCUCAGCUGCCAAAGAAAUCUGUCACUGCCAGCACCCUGACAUCCACGGGCAGCAGUGAAGCUCCAGCCUCGUUCGAUGGAGUGCUCCCAGAAGAGGAGGAGGCAGUGGCAGAGAGCCCUGUGGAAAAAGACCUCGGCAUUGCAAAUAUCAUGGGAGAGAAAAUGGACAUCAUUGGCCCUGUGAACUCCCCUUCCCUGGACUUCAAUGACAACGAAGACAUUCCCACUGAGCUCAGUGACUCCUCAGAGACCCACGAUGAAGGGGAGGUCCAGGCCUUUUACGAGGACCUGAAUGGCCGUCAGUACGUGAACGAGGUGUUCAACUUCAGCGUGGACAAGCUCUACGACCUGCUCUUCACAGACUCCCAGUUCCAGAGGGACUUCAUGGAGCAGCGCCGGUUCUCUGAUAUUAUCUUUAAUCCCUGGAAGAAGGAAGAAAAUGGCAAUCAGACCAGAGUGAUCCUGUAUACCAUUACCCUCACCAACCCUCUGGCCCCCAAAACUGCCACUGUCACAGAGACACAGACAAUGUACAAAGCCAGCCAGGAGAGCGAGUGCUAUGUCAUAGAUGCAGAGGUGCUAACCCACGACGUCCCCUACCACGAUUAUUUCUACACCAUUAACCGCUACACGUUGACUCGUGUGGCCAGAAACAAAAGCCGACUCAGGGUUUCCACGGAGUUACGUUACAGGAAACAGCCUUGGGGGCUGGUGAAAUCCUUCAUUGAGAAGAAUUUCUGGAGUGGCCUGGAGGAUUAUUUCCGUCAUUUGGAGAGCGAGCUGGCCAAGACGGAGAGCACGUACCUGGCCGAGGUGCACAGACAAUCCCCCAAGGAGAAGGUGAGCAAGCAAUCCACGGUGCGGCGCCGGAAACGCGCCCACGCCCACCUGCGGGUGCCACACCUGGAGGAGGUGCUGAGCCCCGUCACCACCCCCACCGACGAGGAGGUGGCACACCGCAGCAAGCACGUGGCAGGUUCCACUCAGACACGGCACAUCCCCGAGGAAAGCCCCAGUGGCUUCCACCUGCAGAGUGUCUCCAAGCUGCUCCUUGUCAUCAGUUUUGUGAUCUGUUUCAGUCUGGUGCUGCUGGUCAUUCUCAAUAUGAUGCUGUUCUACAAACUCUGGAUGUUGGAAUAUACUACACAGACCCUCACAGCGUGGCAGGGCUUGAGGCUGCAGGAGAGGUUGCCCCAGUCUCAGACAGAGUGGGCCCAGUUACUGGAGUCCCAGCAGAAGUACCACGACUCGGAGCUGCAGAAGUGGCGGGAGAUCAUCAAAUCCUCCGUGAUGCUGCUGGACCAGAUGAAGGAUUCCCUAAUAAACCUUCAGAAUGGCAUCGGGUCCCGGGACUUCGGGUCAGAUCCAGAGGAGAAACGGAAACGUUUCCACUGACAGGCAGGAAUGCAGGAGGCCAGAGGAUGGUGUGCAAUAUGUGUAAAUAGGAUAUAUAAAUAUAUAUAUAAAUAUAUAUAUAUAUAUACAGAAUAUAAAUAUAUAUAUUAUAUACAGAUUUUAAGAGAAAAAAAAAAACCACAAAACAAAGCCUAUGUAUCGAGGGGAAGGGUUUUGACCUCCAACACUGGCUGAACUGGAGUGUCUCUGGUAGUGGGGGGGUGUGUGUGUGUGUGGGAGGGCUGUGCUCUCCCAGCACUGAGCUGUGCUUAGGGCCGAGCCCAGGGGUGCUCCCUGGGCCCUGCACUGCUCCUCUGUAAUAUUGCUGGCUGUUUGUCUGUCUGUCUGUCUGUUUAGUUUUUGUUGUUCCAAAGGGAAGCAUCAGCGUGAGUGCCCCCCCCUCCCCAGCCCCCUCCCCGCGCAUGAGGGUCCCUGGUUGACUGUAUUUAUCUCUGCAUAAAAAGGGGACACUGUCAACUUCCUGACCUUGCUGGCUUCAGGGCAGAGAGGGUUUGGCCAUGGCAGUCAACCCCUUGUAGAACUGUCCCACGUUUGGAGAGGAGGCCUCGGGGAGAAUUGCUGUAGGUCUGCAGAGAGCAGGUCUCCCUGGCAGUCACCUCCUGCAGAAGCACAGUUGGCUGUCACAGGGGCCAGCCUGGUUCAGAGGGCAAAGCCCAGGAUUGAAAGGAGCUGAAAUCCUGUCCACAAGCACCAAUUUGCUGUUGGUGCAGCAGGAAGAGGUGAGGAGAGGGUGGGGAGGGGAGAACGUGCCCCCAAGGUGUGUGGGUGGAGCAGGGCCACCCCUGUGACAGUGUCCCCUUUACCUUGGCUGUGGUUCUCUGCUUUCCAUGUGCUUGGGCCCCUGCCAUAAAGCCAUCCCUGUGCUGAAAAUCUACAUCUAUGCUUAACAGGCAACUCCCCACAAGGGUGGGAGUACCCCAACUGAAAAACAAACCCCAAAUUGGGAUUUAUGUGCAGCCACUGCCCAGCUCAGCAAAUCUCUCUCCUGCCACUGGUCUACAAGACCAUUUUGUUCAUGUCUUGUCUUAUAAAAUCUGUGGGAAAACAUUAGUGAGAAAAAUAACUUGAUUCCCUUCCCUGGGAUAAAUUUACACAUUUGUGGCUAUGCAGCAGCAGCCACCACUGUGGAUAUCUGUGAUUGCAUCUGUGUUCACCAAGGCUUCCAAAAACCCAGGAGAGGCCAGGAAGUGUCACAGGGACCAAAAAAAAAAAAAGGAGAAAAGAGAAAA